UAUAAAUACACAUAAACGUAUUGGUGAAUCACAACAAAUCACAUAGAAAAGUAAAGUACUAGUCAUCGAGUAAUUUGUGAUAGAGCAAAAAAGAUGGCACAAGUAGAAGCACAAUUCCAAGCAGAAGAACAAGCCCAAGAAAAAGGAGUCUUAUUGAAGCAAGGAACUGUGAGAUAUGGGCCUUAUGGCUCUUCGUCUCCUCAAAACUUCGACUGGCAACUUCUUCAUGGCGAACGUUUCAUUCGUGUGUCCAUAAGACAUGGUUGGAUUGUCGACGCAAUUGGGUUUAGGGCACGUAGACCAGAUGGUGGUAACAGAGAUGUUCAUUUCGGUGGAAAUGGUGGAAAUCAAUCUCAUAUUGAUUUGCGACCUUCUGAGAUUGUUCUUGGCUUUAGUGGAAAAUCUGCAUACUCAAUCGGCGCGAAUCAGGUUGUUAUUGCCCAAAUCUACGUACACACUAAUGAGCGUACCCUUGGACCGUAUGGAAGUGCUACCGAUGUUACAAAUGUUACCGAUUUUUACUCACCAAUUCGAGUUGAUCGCCCUCUUGUUGGAGUUUUUGGUAGGUGUGGUAGGUAUCUUGAGUCUGUUGGGGUGAUACUAAGGUUAAACAACUAAGGAUGGAUCUUCCAUCCUCAAAGUAAGCAACAUGCAUAAUUAUGAUGCCGAUGAAGUAUUGAGCUACCAUAUUAUAUUAAUAAUGCCUUCAUCUUUCGGCAAAAAUAAGUUUCUUCAACAAUCUUCAAUUUAAAUGUGUCCCUUAAUUUGGUGUGUUUUCAAUUUCAAUAAGCCCCAUUUUGGUACUUCUCUAGUACAUGGCCUCUCAUGUAUGAUCCUAAAUCAUAUUCUUGAGUGAAUGUUGUAUUUUCCUUAUGUUUUUCAUGAACGCGUGUAUUUUAAGCAAUGAUAUAUAAAGUCUCCUCGUAUUAUGUUUCUUA